AUGUCGGAAGUCAGGCAUGCAGCUUAUAUCGUCCCGCCUGGAAGUUCGCGUCCAUUCGCGGUAGUCAGUGAUGUUGAUCAUUCGGCAUGGGUCAUCAUCGCAACUGCCUUGGGUCUUUCGUGGAGCCUGACCUUUGGAGUGAUGAGGGUUAUUGUUCGAGCUACUACGAGACAGAGACAUGGCGUUGACGACUAUGCUCUUGCGGUGUCGACAUUUCUGACUAUCAUCCAGUCAUCAAUCAUACUUGGAGCAUGUGCGAACGGUCUUGGCAAAUCAAUCACACUUCUUACGCCAGAUGAGAUUGAGAAGGUGCAACAGAUGACAUAUGCGGGAAUGCUCUUUUGGAUCAUCGCCAUUGGCGCAUCCAAGUUGUCUGUUGCACUGUUCCUGCUCCGCCUAACACCAGUCUGUACGCAUCGACGUGUUUAUCAAACAUUUAUGGCUAUCCUUUCUAUCUGGAUCGUUGUAUAUGUCUUUGCGUUUGCGCUUCAAUGUGACAUGUCUCGACCAUGGAUCACAAUUGGAGCCAGUUGUCCAGGAGUUUAUGAGCGAUGGCAAACUUUCUGUGCCUUGGAUAUUAUCUCUGAGAUCUCAUUGGUCUGUAUGACGGUCUACUUGGUCUGGGAUAUCCAAAGCUCAACCUCUGCCAAAGCCAAGAUUGUUUUUGCAUUCAGCUUUCGUCUUCCUCAAAUCAUCGCCAUCGCCUAUCGACUCAAGACCUUCCCGACCGCCGGCCUCCUCGUGAAUCCGACGCUUUCCGAGAGCGAACUGGUCGUCUGGACGCAAACAGAACUCAACUACUCUCUCAUGUCAGCCACGAUCCCAUGUCUUCGCACUUUCGUCAGCAGUCUUUCUACAAACUACGGCUCCAUUAGAAAUGCAAAGUCCUCUGCUGCGUUCAACUACGAAAGCACUAUCGCAAGUCGUACUCAAAGCGAACCUUCAGGUCAAAGCUUCCAGAUGACCACUUUGAAUUCUGUGGAGCAGGUCCAGACUUCUACGCAUGUACCCGCUACUCUGCAGGAAGAAGAAGGGUAUAGCUACGACAUUGGGGGACCCACUACACAUGAUACUGCUAGUGUAAAGGCCAAAGAAGUGGUCAGAUUACCAAGUAUGCAAAAGGACAACGAGAGUGCAGACAGGACAAGUAUCGGAAGCAAUGACAGUCAAAGGAUGAUUAUUCAAAAAGAGGUGACUUGGACCUUCGAGAGGAACAAAGAGUGGUAA